AUGCGUCACCACCCCCUGCACGUAGCGGCCUCCCAGAACAUCCUCAAGCUUGGCACCGUGCUCCUGUCCCCCGCGGCCGCCGCCUCCGUCGACCCAUGCGUGCGGGACGGCUCGGGCAGGACCCCCCUCCACUGGGCGGCCAUGACCGGCCGCGCGGACUUCGCGCUCCUCCUCCUCGAGAGCGGCGCCAAGCUGGACGCGGUGGACCGGGAGCAGCGCACCCCGCUCCUCUCCUCCUCGGCCUUCGGGGCGACCAACUCCGUCCGCCUGCUGCUGGAGUGGGGCGCGGACUGCCGCAAGCCCUCCAGGGGCGGGCUCACGCCCCUCCACGCGGCCGCCGCCGGGGGGCACGCGGAGGCCGCGGAGCUGCUGAUCGGCGGCGGGGCGAGCGUCCACGCCAGGACGGACAUGGGCUGCAACCCGCGCCACGUCGCGGAGAGGCGGGGGCACGUCGACGUCGUGCGCAUGCUGUCGGCUUGUGCUCGAAGGUCGCGGCCGCUGCCGUCCGCGGCGGGGACGGUGGUGGGAGGAAACGGCGUAUGGCGAGGCGGCGGCGGCGGCGGCGGCGGCGCCUGCGGCGAUGGCGACCGGGACGCGUGCGAGGAGGAGCGGCUCGAGGUCUGCAGGCGGCACAGCUUCGACCGGGCAGACCUCUUGCGGCGACCUCUGUUUCGAUGAGACAAAUAAAAGUGCUUUUUUGAGACGUUCAUGAAGCCGACGUCUCAACACCAACAGCUCAACAAAGAAUGGGCCGGCCAUGAUAUGCUGGCGCGUUGGGGGGUGGGCGGGUGGGUGGGAAAUCCGGGUGGGGCAAUGUGUGCCGAGUGCAGCAAAUGCUUCAACAGCUAGAUAGCUGCUGCGCUACUUCUUUCGAAUAUCGGCUGCUGCUGAGCGCAUGCGAAAGAAUAAAUUGGCGUCGACGCAAGCAAGUCUUCCGCAUGUGGAAGAAGACAUGAUCUACUUAGACUCUAACAGGCUGCUGCUGACAUCCUUUACAGCAGCCACGUGCACCGGUGCGUAGCGUACACCCCCGGUAUGUUGCUUCGAUAGAAAGGCAUACAGUAGUCAUAGUUGCACAGCCAUGCUGGCUUACUAUAUGCACGCUGUUCUUUGUUGUGUAAGGAGGGUUUGGCCGGUAGCAAUCCUUUCCAGCGCGCAGCGGUAGCUUUCUUUCUUUCCCUGCCGACUACAAAUGUAUUUAGUCGUGUGUGUCUUCGUGUAACGUUUGUUUUGUGUGCGGUAGCGUGAAGAAGAGACGCGCUUUGGAGGCGACCUCUUCUGUUCAGUGUGAUGUACUUUUGUGUUUUGUGUGUGUAUGUUUGCAGUGGAACGGCGGGCCGUUCGCCCUCGGAAGCCUUUACCUUCUCUUUGAUUCGGGUCGCGGGAGUGGCGAGCAGGGGGGACAGAGCAGCGAGCGUCGGGUGGAUCGCCAACCCCAACGAGUACCCCAAAUUUUCGUUCAGGCACACAUAUCGUAGAGUGUGUCCGGACACAGCGCAUGUGUGUGUCACAGCAUGUCCUUGCUUGUUUUUUUUACCGUGCGUAGCAUAGGGGUGCCUGCGUAAUUUGGCGGGCAGGGUUUCACAAAAAUGCAUAGACAUGUGUCAUGGGGGCGGGGAGGAUUCAGAAACGUUGUGUUCCGUGUACGAUCCGGAGGUAUGCUUCUGCAGACAGGGUUGGAAACGAUUCGGGGGGCUGCUGUCUCUAGGCAUCCGUCCGCGAGCGAGAGAUGCAGGCGUUGAGAGCAGUCGCAAGAGGUUCAGUCACCGUUUUUUCUUGGGUGACGACGUGUUUCGUGGAAUUAGGUGUUUAGCCUGGGUAUCAGCUGCGCGGGUUUUGUUGUUUGUGGUUUUUUGCCCAAUCGCGUUUGAUGAUUUUCGCAUGAAAGAGAGAAGGAAUCAGAGAAGGUGCGACGAGAGAUGAUAAGCAGAGAAACGAGGAUUUCGAACACCCCCUAAUAGUCAGCGAACUAGCUCCGGUGUUGUCACAGUGUAUGUUUUUCGUGUGUGGGUGUGUUGAAUUAGCAUAAUCUGCGCUACAACCGGAUCACCAACGAAAACAGCGUCAGUUUAUUGCGCGAUAAAACAACGCGAACAUGCUCUCU